UUAGGCAGGAAGACUUUUUGUGUUGCGACGUGGUAUCAUUUGCCGGUUGUGAAGAAAUAUAUAGAUAUUUUACAUUUGGUUCUACUGAUUAUUGAAAUGUCCGAUGCUUUGCUUAGCUGGUGUGUCGACCAGUUACACCACAAGUUCGGGCUUGAGGCAUGUGACGACAUUGUCCGAUAUAUUUUAGACAUUGAGACUGCGGAAGAGAUAGAGGAAUAUGUGGGAGACCUGCUCCAAGGAACAGACGGGAGAAAGAGACAUUUUAUUGAUGAGCUCCUGAUCCGAUGGCAGAGGACCCAGAGGCUCGUCACGGACAACAACCCUGCUCAUUUUCUUCCAAAGGAAUCAGGAAUGGGAGAUGAUGUUUUUGACGUAACCAAAGACUCUCAGAAAAAGAAGAGAAAGGGCCGGAACAAGCAGGAGGUCAUAACUUUGAGCCCAGCGGAACCUGAACCAGAGGCUGUCAGGACCCCCAUUGACCUCAUAAAGGCCCAAGAAGGCAGCCUAACAACCUCCUCCAAGAAGAAGAACAAGUUUGUCAAUCUCUACGCUAAAGAGGGUGAGGGCAAGCUGACCGUCAUGCUCCCGGGGCGCCAUGGCUGCGAGUGCCUUGCUCAGAAGCACAACCUCAUCAACAACUGCCUCAGCUGCGGGCGCAUCGUGUGUGAGCAGGAGGGCUCAGGCCCUUGUCUCUUCUGUGGAAACCUGGUGUGCACCAGAGACGAGCAAGAGAUUCUUCAGCGGGACUCCAACAAAAGCCUCAAAUUGCGAAAGAAACUCAUGGAGUCCUCAGACAGAGAUUAUCUCCCACACCAGGAAGCUCGGAUGAACGCAGGCUUAGAAAAGGCGCUCCAACAUAAAGACAAACUUCUGGAGUAUGAUAAGAACAGUGUGAGGAGAACCCAGGUCCUGGACGAUGAGUCGGACUACUUUGCCACCGAUUCCAACCAGUGGUUGUCACCAAGUGAACGGGAGAAGCUGAGGAAGCAGGACGAGGAGCUACGGGAACUGCGCCAUGCUUCGCGAAAAGACAGGAAGAUCACCCUGGACUUUGCUGGUAGACAAGUUCUUGAUGAGGGAGAGAACUUUGGCCAGUACUACAAUAAGCUGGAUGAGGCUGUAAAGGCAAUAAGCACUGACUCUUUCUUGAAGUCCCCACGGCGCUCUGGGGACCACGGCGGGCAGCAGCCCCUCGGAGGGUUGGUCAACCCUAACAUUGUACAGGCGGCUCCCCGAUGGGUGGACGUAGGGGGCAGCUCCAUGCGGCAACCAGAGAAAGGUGUGGCUUUACCGGAAGACAAGGCUGGGCCAGAGCGAUCCAGGCUGAGGCUCCAGGACCGAGAGCUGCAGGAGAUCUCUGAUGGAGGCUGGUGCCUAAGCAUGCACCAGCCGUGGGCUUCGCUGCUGGUCAAGGGCAUCAAGAGAAUGGAGGGGCGAACUUGGUACACGUCCCACAGGGGCCGCCUAUGGAUUUCCGCUGCGGCCAAGAAGCCAACUCCUCAGGAAAUAGCUGAGGUGGAGUCCAUGUACUGCCAGCUCUACAAGAAAGAGCCCAGGUUUCCCAAAGACUACCCUACUGGCUGCCUGCUGGGCUGUGUCAACGUCUCCGACUGCCUGACCCAGGACCAGCUCAGGGAACAGUGCUCACAAUGUCCUGACAUUGGUGCUGUUCUGAAACAUUGUAUGUUUUUCCAGAUACCUGUGAGGAGUCUGCCUCGCCCUUCGUCUUCAUCUGCACCAACCCCCAGGAGCUGGUGGUGAAAUUCCCAAUGAAAGGGAAGCACAAGAUCUGGAAGCUGGAGAGUCAGUGCCACCAGGGUGCCAAGAAGGGGCUGGUCCCAUCAGCUGCAGACUGACGUCACAGAGAGGAAACACAAGAGCAAGACAAAGGCACGGUGGGACGGGGUACACUUCGUGGAAACGUGGGAAAUGAUUAUGUUCCAAUAAUAGCCCUGUUCUCUGGCCCACAGGGAAAACAUUUUGGGUUUUAGUUGGUUUGCUAUCUACAUACUGCAUGAAAACAGAACUGGCAAAAGCUAUUUUUGGUUUGUUCAACCGGGAAAAAUACAAUGAAAUGUAAAUUGGACAUUGCAAGUAAAAGAUAAUAUGUUCCAAUAUUCAAAUUAAUGUGCCCUAAGUUUUGUAUAAAUGUGAUGUAUUUCACCAAUCUAUCAAUUUGCUCAAAUAAAAUUUGUCUUUUGCAAAUCACUUA